UUUUUUUUUUUUUCCGGUGGCAGAGCGCGAACGCCCUGCUGGUUCACUGCUUGUUAUUCCUUGCCCCGGUGUUCAAAUUAUGCGCCGUCGUCUUUCACAUCGCAGAUUUUGAGCACACGGGGCCCGUUGUUGGUCGCGCCUCUGUUUGACCUGCUUUGCGGUUGUUUUUCAUCGUACAUAUUUACCGCGGGGUCGCUGUCAGUCAGGCCGCGAAUGGGCUGUUGUUGCUGGGAGACCAUUCUGACUCGCCUCCCCUGUUAGCACCAUUAGCUAGCGGCUACGAUGUGCUGCAGGCGGCGGGGGCUUUUCUACGCAGCGGUCCACUGGAAAGCAAGGCGGGUUCUUGGUUGAUUAUUAACCCCGUUUGGAUCGAAGGGUGACUUGGAGCUACAUAUUUGAAGGAUGGAUGUUGAUUUGGGUGCCGGGGACAGUACAAGAAGGAAGGUAGGCUUGACUGGAUCUGCAGAAGGCACCAUGGAUGUCAUCCCCAUGGAGAUGUAUGACUCUGCCAGAGCCAAAAUAGCUGCCAACCUGCGGUGGCUAUUUGCUAAAGCCUACGGCAUUGACCAUAUCCCCGAGGACCUGAGGGAUCCCUUCUACACAGACCAGUAUGACCAGGAACACAUCAAGCCCCCCGUCAUCCGCCUGCUGCUGUCCUGCGAGCUUUACUGUCGCGUCUGCGCCCUCAUCCUCAAGACAGAGCAGGCCGCAUCCCUCCAGUCGCACCACUCCGUCAUCCAAUCUCUGGACAGGAAGGGCAUUUAUGUUGUGGAGAGCGACGACACGGCCGUCACGGAGGAGGACCUGGCUGGUGUGCCCAUUAAAAUGGUGAGUCGUACUCCGGAAAGAGUUGUCCAUGAGGCGCGUGCAAAUGUGUGCACGCCUUGA